AUGGAAACUGUAUCUGAGGAACUAAUUAAAUUGCUUCCAAGGGAAGAUUUAGAAAAUUUGAUAAGAAAGCUGAAUUUGGAAGUUUCAGAAUUAAAAGAUGAGGUAAAGUUCUGGAGAUGUAGAGCUGAGGAAAGUUCAAAGGAGCAAGGAAAGGUACUUAUUAGAAGUAGCAUUUCUGAAGAAAUGCUAAAUGAAUUAAAUAACUUGGCUGGAAAGAUGAACGUUUUAAAAAUCAUGGAUGAAGAAGUAAAUAAGGAAAAUAAGGAAGAAUCUGAUUUGAUCAACAAAAAAGCGCCUAUCCAGAAAUCCUUAUCUCCCAUUUCUCACCCUAAUCAGAUUGUUCCCUCUUCUGCUUCUGGCAAUAAUGUUGAUUCAAAUUCAUUUCCAGUCACAGAAAGUGUCUCUAGAGCUGCUGCAAGCGCAAAGUUAAAAAGUAUGUUUUUAAAGAAGGCUCCUCCAAAGAUGAUGAGUAGGGCAGAUUUUGUGAAAAAAUCAGAGCAAAAGAACUGUGUUGGUGCUGCUAGAGGAAAUAUUACUUCAGAAGUUUCAGCACAAAGUCAGUUAAGUAGCAGCAUUAAGAAGGGAUCUUCAAGGAUUUCUCUUCAAUGGGGGUGUCUGGCUGAAGAGUAUCCAAAGUUCGAUAGUAAUAUGGAAGAGAGUUUAUUUAAGAAUUAUUUUUCUGAGUUUGAAAAUAAACUUUCAGUUCUAAUUAAUGAAGAAGAUUCCAGGGAAGAACCAAAGCUUGAGCUAUUUUCUAAUUCAGUCUUUUCAAAGGACUCUCAGACUGAGGAUUUACAGAUUCCUUGUGAAAAGUUAUUUGAAUGGUUUAUUAAGAAAGAAAGUAUACAAACAAAGAAAACAAUGGCAAUUAAUAACCUAUCACCUUCAAACACUGGCCACUUGGUUAUAGAGGAAGGUAAACAGAUAGAUAGGGAAACUGGUAAAUCAAAGAACAAAGAUAAAAGCCCUACAAAUAAGAUCAAUCAAAAAAAUAUGGAGUCAACAGGAAAAGAAGUAAGAGCUUGUUUAUUUGGAUCAAAAACGAGCAGAAUGCUUCAGAUUACAAUCAACUAUUUUAAAAAGAAGCUACCAAAGGACCAACAAAAGAGUUUGGAUUUUUUCAAAAAAUCUAUAUUAAAUUGUACAUUGGAUAAAGAAGGGGUGAAUUUAUUACUAGAAACAGUUCCAGAUCCUCUUGAAAAUGCUGCUAAAUAUGAAAUUUGGAAAGAAUGUGUUAGGAGUGUUGAAAGAUAUUUAGAAAGUAAUUCAAGAGAAACACUGUUUGAGGAAGAGGAAUUUGUUUACUUUUUAUCAAGAAUUCCGAACCUAUCUAAGAGACUUGAAUGUAUGAUUUUAAGGUCAUCCUUUGAGCAAUUAUACUGUGAAUCUCUUAAAUGGAUUGAAGAGAAAAUUCGUGGCUUGGAACUGAUUAUAAAUCACAAAAGACUUCCUUUACUUUUCAAAGCAAUUAUUGAUUCAAGGAAUAUUUUGAAUAGCAAAUUGGGAAAAGAGAAUCAAAAUGAGGUAGACAAGGUCAAAUUUAUCCCUCUAUCAUCAAUGAAAAAACUCCAAAACUUAAAGAGUCCAAACAUUCAAGGAAAAACUUUGCUUAACUUUAUAAGUUCUUUAGUUGGUAAAAUUUUUACAAAAGAAGAAAUUUCAAUAUUAAAAAAAUCUUCCGAAAAAAACAUUACUAUGGUUUAUACAAUGGUCACAGAUUUAAUCUUUUCUUGGCUUGAGUUACGUGAUAAACCAGAAAACCUUGUUUUUGCCACAGAAACCCAUUCGAACAAGGAGGAAGAUGUGAUGGAGUAUAAUGAUGAAUUCCAGAAUAUUAUGAAACAGUUUUACUCAGAAAAAUAUAGCCAGAUGAUUACGUUAUGUAAUACCUUUAGAAAAAUGUUAAGGUUGUAUGUUGCUUCCUGUUAUUACUUUGGAGAUAUUUCCACUUUUCUUCCAUUGAGAGUGAAAUUAGACCAAGGGAAGCAAGAUCUUGUUGAGACAUUAUUUGAAUUUAUUAACAAGUAUGAUUUAGCUUUGAAGCAAGAAAUUGUCAAGGAUAACGAACAAACUUCUCCAAAGAGCGUGGAAAAUACUCCCAGGGAUAACCCAAAGAAGCCUCUUUCUACUUCUACUGCCAGAGCCAGAAGACUUUCUCAUAUUAAUGACAUGAAGAAUAUCUUGAAUCCUAACAGCAGUUCUAAGCCUAAAGAGUUCUCUAAUCAAAGUCUAAGUAGUAUGGCUAAACCUAAAAUUAACAUCCAACAACUUUUCGCAAAAUCCAUUGUGAAGGAACUGAAUUUGAAACCUCUAUUCAACAAGGAUUCCGAAAAUAAAAGUGAAAGACAUGUCAGCUUCUCAGAUGGAAAAAUCGGAACCCUUAAUAAUAACAACAGUAUAGCCUCCAGUGAUAUUAAUAGCAUUUCCGAUACUUCAAUAAUUACAGGAGUCACUGAUAAGACCGAAAAUAAUAACUUUACUAAUGGAAUUUUAAGUAAAUCGGUAACAAAAGAUGAAACCAGAAGUUCUGUUCAAAUAGAGGAUAUUGAGAAAACAAUAGCUUUACCAUUAGCGUCUUUUUGUGAGAAUAACCAAGUUCAUAACAAAAACCUGGAUACAGAAACAAGUUAUCAAAACGGUAUAGUAAAAAGAUCCUCUAUUUUAGAGCUUUCUAAAGAAGCCAAAGAGAUACUUUCCAGAGAUAAAACUAACAAAUUUAGUCUGAACUUGAGCUCAUCUUUUGAUGAUGAUGUUUCACUUGAUGAUGAGUUGGAUGACGACAAUGAAACCAUUGCACUUUCUUCGCCUUCUCAUACUAGACUCUUAGACAUCUCUUCUAUGCUUGACUCCAACACAACUGAAAGUGCGGAAUCUUCCAACUCAAUAUCAGUAAAAUUUGAGAAAGAUGGUAUUAGGAAAAAAGUAUUAAUAAUGACAGAAGAAAAUUACGAAUCUCCAGUAAGAGAUAACACAAAGUUUAAUAGAAGACAAUCAAUUAGAAGAAUGUGCCAAAUUGCAACAUAUCUUGAUAACAGUGGUUAUAAUGACGAGAUUGAAGAAAAUGAUGAUCUAAAUAACGGCUUAUCUAGAUACAAGUCUCCAAUGUUAAUGGUUUCUCGCAACACUACUCACUCCUCCAAUAUAAGCUCCUCCCCGUCUUCUGAAAGGACAAGAAAUAGUCAAGAAGAACUAAAUGAUCAAGAUUAUGAACCCGACUUUGACAAUGAUAACAGCAAAACCUGUAUAUUGAAUGAGAUACUUGAAGUUAGUAACCCUUUAGAUGAAUUGGAACAGUCCAACAGUAAGAGUGAAAAUAUAAAUAUUCACAAUCCAAAUUACUAUAACCAUUUGCAAAAUGUUAAUUCUGAGUCCAAAGUACCUCCUGAGUAUUCACCUCAGAAAAUAACUUUCACAAGAAAAUCUGGAAGAUUCGGAGGCACUUUAUCUCCUCCUUAUAAUUAA